AUGGACAUCACAACUAUUUUGAACAGAAAAGGGUCUACUGCCGCUAUCGCAGCAGAAGCUCAAUUUCAACAGCAGUUUGUGCACCACAACCUGGAUCCUUCCUCAUCGCCCAAGAUGAAGCCUGAGCCUGGAGUGUCGGAAGCUUCCGAUCAACAGGUCUUGUCUUAUCCUUCGCACGCUCCGCUGAACCCUAUGCCCAACAUGGCCCAAGACAUGCGGUAUCCGCCUCAUGGACAACCCAAUAGUGGAAUGCCAGUUCUGCAGAAUCCUUACGUCCCUGGAGCUUACACCGGCAGUGCUCAAAUUCCCAGUAGUGCAACGCCCCAAAGGGCCGAUCCUCCGCCGAAGACCUUUCACUGCUCGACUUGUGGCAAGGGGUUCGCUCGGCGUAGUGACCUCGCUAGACAUGAACGAAUCCACACAGGGAUAAGACCGCACGCUUGCGAUUGGCCCGGCUGUGGGAAGCAAUUCAUUCAACGUUCGGCUUUGACUGUGCACUCUCGUGUUCAUACUGGAGAGAAGCCCCAUAUGUGUGAGAGAUGCGGCAAGCCUUUCAGCGAUUCGUCUUCCUUGGCCAGACACCGCAGAAUCCAUUCUGGAAAACGGCCGUACAAGUGUCCAUAUGCGAACUGUCAGAAGACGUUCACUCGUCGCACUACCUUGACGCGUCAUCAGAAUCAUCACACGGGAACCAUUGAGGAGGCUGCCGCAGAGACGGAAGCCAACCUGAGACAGAACAAAGAGAGAGCAAGGGCACCUGGCGAUGGGGUUUUCUCCGAGCACGCCUCCAUUCACUCGACGCCUUCCCCUGCGCACCAUCCUGUGUCCAUUCCGCCUCCCGGCGACCUACCACCUCUGAACAUGCCUCGUUCUGCUGGCGACUACUACAUGGGGAACGGAUCUAUCCCUCCUCACGUUCGGGGGGAUUUCUCGCAGGCCAGCCCUCGCUCCUCGCCAACAGCCACGUCGCCGUCUCUCUCGAGCUUCAGCAGUGCGCCACACCAACGACCAUCUAUGACAUCGCACCCUUCUGGAUACGCUCCCCCUCAGCCGCUUGAGCCGCCUGCUAAUAGUGAUCACCGGCCCAACAGUGUCAGCGGGAGUCCGCACAUGACGAGUCUGGGCUGGGCCUCUCCGUCUCACGGUAGCAUUCCGUCUCCGGGGUCUGUGAAUGAUUUCAACUAUCCUGAGCCAAGUGGUCCAGCUUAUCCCAGCUCCAUGCCUCCGCACAUGUACUUUCCCAACUCGACCAUUAGGCGGCCAACGAGCACUGAGCCUGAGAACUACGAACUGAAGCCGAGAUUGGGGGAUAACGGGUGGUCGACUCCCGUGUAA